GUCGAGAGUGUCUUUUGGCAGAGACUAGCCGGCGCAUACGGUCUCAGAAUACAGACGAAAAACCCGUCCCUCUAUCGAUUCGGAGGUUUCCAGAAUGACGAGAGAGGGAAACUGAGAGAGUUCUUCAAGGAGUUUUAUAAUUUGGAUAUGAAGACUAAGGAAUUCUCUCUAACGGGUCGAAACUGGGGCACAGUUAACUUCGAUCCGGUAGUAUUGUCCUUCGAUAUCGACAAAGUACCAGCUUUCGAGAUUCCGCUGGCGUACGUGUCGAAUUGUUCGACGAGCAAGAAUGAAGUCACUCUCGAGUUCCAACCGAACGAUGACGCUCCCUCGUGCAUGAUGGAGAUGCGGUUUUACGUCCCUACGGAUCCGAAUCCAGACGUUGAUGCCGUCGAGGCCUUCAAAGCUAAUGUCAUGUCGGGGGCUGGCAUCACACAAGCUACGGGAGACGCGAUUGCCAACUUCAAUGGCGUUCAGUGCCUCACGCCGAGAGGUCGCUACGACAUCAAGAUAUUCACGACUUUCAUCCAGCUCCAUGGAAAAACCUUCGAUUACAAAAUACCUGUCAGUACGAUACUCCGUAUUUUUCUUCUCCCUCACAAGGAUGGACGUCGGAUGCACUUUGUUCUCAGUCUCGAUCCCCCGAUAAAGCAAGGUCAAACAAGAUACCACUUCUUGAUAUUGAUGUUCAACAAAGAGGACGAAGAAGAUAUAACUCUUUCUAUGAGCGCUGGCGAUCUCAAGGAGAAGUAUGAUGGCAAACUCGAAAAGGAGAUGAGUGGACCCGUUUUUGAGACCCUCAGUCGAAUCGUCAAAGCUGUGGUCCAGCGGAAGAUCACAACGCCUGGAAACUACAAGAGCAUGAAUGGCACACCGGCUAUCACGUGCACUUACAAAUCGUCCUAUGGAUUACUGUACCCGCUUGAAAAGGGCUUCAUGUACGUCCACAAACCUCCACUCCAUAUCCGAUUCGAGGAGAUCUCGUCAGUUAAUUUCGCUCGGUCCGGCGGUUCGACCCGAUCCUUUGAUAUCGAAGUACACUUGCGGAAUCGGAUAACUCAUGUAUUCUCGUCGAUUGAGAAAGACGAGUACGAUCGACUGUACGAGUUUGCCAAGAGCAAGAAGCUCAAGAUCGGCAACAAACAGCGUGGAGACGAUUCCGGUCCAGACGCCUACUUGCACAGGGUGAAAAGCGAGGCAAAGAAACGAGAGGAUGACGACGAUGAUGAAGACAAAAGCGAUGACGACUUCAACCCCGACAAGGCUUCGGGGGGAUCCGACGUCGGGGAAGAGUUCGACUCGGAUCACGACUCAUCGUCUUCCUCUAACUCGGGAGAAUCGAUUCGCGGGGGAAAAGCACCGUAGACCGCACCGCUUCCUGCUGGGACGCCUCCACCUCAAACUCCUCUCUCGAAUCUGUUCAAGUUGUCCGAAACAACGCCCUCCGUGCCAUCUUCGCCCUUCGUCCUCGCUCUUCAAUCGCGCCUCUUUUCAGAAAACUGUAUAUAUCAGGGGUAUACCCAUGAAAUUAGAAAAUUUCCAGAGAAUACAACUUUUCUUCAUGAUCAAAG